AUGAUAAUCAAUGUAAUCAAAUCUGUUUAUGAUUACCUGAAUAUGUAUUCAGUGCACAGCCGAACAACAGCAGGUAUGUUUUUAGUGUCGACUGUACUGCUUCUGGGAUUGCACCUAGCUUCAGGCCAAAAUGCCGGAUGUGAUUUUUAUCAACAGGUAGCUGCUGGCAAUUCGUACACUAUCAACAGUCCUGGAUGGCCAAACUUUUAUGGACGUGGUUUGCAAUGUCGUUGGAUCGUAGACUGUCCUGCAGGUUUUAGAUGUCGACUGACAUGUUCCGAAAUAAAUAUUCCCCAGACACAAUCAUGCACGGGCGAUCGUCUAAUGGUCUCUUUAACAGGCAACACCGCCCUCACCGACGCUCAGUUAUAUUGCGGCAGAGGAACCUUGAAUGUUUUGUCUACUGGCACCAGGCUAAGCAUGGGUCUCAUAAGUACCCUUUGGAGUAAUGGUGGUAGAUUUACAUGUCAAAUAAGAGCUGAGGGCAGCACUCCUACCCCUCCUAGCUGUAGAUGUGGCGACAGGAGGUCGAGGACUCGCAUUGUGAACGGAGUGGAGACAGGAAUAAACGAAUUCCCAAGUAUGGUCGGCAUAGCUGAUAUACGAACUUCUGAAAUCAGGUGUGGGGGUGUGAUUUUAUCUCAAUGGUACGUGAUGACAGCCGCCCAUUGUGUACGAGGGGAGUCCCCUUCCAACUACGCUGUGAUCGCUGGAGAACAUGACGUCACUGUGGGUGAUUCGCCAGCCACACAGGCAUACGCCAUCACUUCCUUCAACAUACAUCCGUGGUUCACUGAGUCCAAUUACGACUUUGACAUUUCAAUAGUCACUGUGAGGAAUCCAAUUGUAUUUAGUGAACUUGUAGGACCUAUCUGUCUACCGUUUAAGUUCCGAAACUGGGACUUUGCUGGAGCCACAGUAACAAUGCUAGGUUGGGGUACCCUGUUUCCUGGAGGCCCGACCUCAAACACUCUUCAAAAGGUUGAUGUAAACGUGAUCACACAGAACACCUGUCGGGCUCAAAUGCCUACCGUCACGGACAGGCAAAUGUGUACUUUUACUCCCGGAAGGGAUGCUUGUCAGAACGACUCCGGUGGUCCAGUGCUUUAUUCUGAUACUACCACUGGGCGUCUCUUCAGCGCAGGCAUCAUUAGUUACGGCCGAUUCUGUGCCUCGAACUUCCCAGGCGUUAACACAAGAGUUACUGUAUUGCUGGAUUGGAUUGUUCAGAAUACUCCGGGUGCCAAUUACUGUGUUAUCCAGUAA